UGUUCGUUCAUUUCUGCUCCUGGGGACGUAGCGCCAGAUAACGGCUGUAAUUAUCGAAUAUUAAAGUUAAAAAUGAAAUCGACAGUACCAGUUUGUGGUCGUCAAUGCAGUAGUAAAGUUUCCUGAGUGACACCGCUUACAACCGACGGCUGUUUGUUUACCGACCAUACCUUUCGGGCGUCACACCCUCUGUUACCUCAGACAAGGUAGGAGCUUCGGAGUGGCUGCUGCGCAUGCGCACGACCCUCUCUAUCCUAGUAGCAUAUUCUUCAAAGUUAAGCGCAGGGAGGCAGAAAGGGAGGUGUGGAGCGUGGUUCAGUCAGUGUACAGUAUCUGGACCGGACCGAAGCGGGCAGACUGCACACAAGCGAGGCGGAGGAGAUGGGGGACAAAAGGAGAAAGAAGAAGGAGCAGGACUCGUCCAAGAGCGACAGAGUCACCCUGAAGAAGGAGAUCGGGCUGCUGAGCGCCUGCGCUAUCAUCAUCGGGAACAUCAUCGGCUCUGGGAUUUUCAUUUCUCCCAAAGGAGUGUUGGAGCAUGCAGGCUCCGUGGGGCUGUCACUCAUCGUCUGGGUCUGUGGAGGAGGCAUAUGUGCCCUUGGCUCUAUGUGUUAUGCAGAACUGGGCGUCACCAUCCCCAAGUCAGGAGGAGACUAUUCAUAUGUGACAGAAAUCUUUGGAGGUUUAGUAGGCUUCCUGUUGUUAUGGAGUGCCGUCCUCAUCAUGUAUCCCACCACACUGGCUGUCAUCGCACUCACCUUCGCCAACUACGUCUUACAGCCAGCCUUCCAGAACUGCCUGCCUCCGUACAUUGCCGUCAAACUCCUCGCCGCCAUCUGUAUCUUAUUCCUGACGUGGGUGAACUGCCACAGCGUGCGCUGGGCAACAAGAAUCCAAGAUGUUUUCACUGUUGGGAAACUCCUGGCUCUGGGACUCAUCAUAGUCGUCGGCCUGGUCCAGAUAUGUAGAGGUUAUUACGACGCCCUGGAACCCAGCGCUGCCUUUGAGUUCCGUCAGGAUCCCUCAGUGGGACAGAUCGCUCUGGCCUUCCUCCAGGCCUCCUUCGCCUACAGUGGCUGGAACUUCCUCAACUACGUCACAGAGGAGGUGGUGGAGCCGCGGAAGAAUCUGCCUCGGGCCAUCUACAUCUCCAUCCCCCUGGUCACCCUGGUUUACACUUUAACCAACAUUGCCUACUUCUCCUCCAUGAGUCCAGAGGAGCUGCUGGCCUCCAAUGCCGUGGCAGUGACCUUCGGUGAAAAGCUGCUAGGAUGGUUUUCCUGGGUGAUGCCGAUCUCAGUGGCACUGUCCACCUUUGGAGGAAUCAACGGAUAUCUGUUCACUUCCUCCAGGCUGUGUUUCUCGGGGGCCAGAGAGGGUCACCUGCCCUACCUGCUGGCCAUGAUCCAUCUGAAAAACUGCACUCCAAUACCUGCCCUGCUGGUCUGUUGCACUGCCACAAUCAUCAUCCUUUGUAUCGGAGAAACACACAACCUUAUCAACUACGUGUCUUUCAUCAACUACCUGUCCUAUGGAGUGACCAUUGCCGGUCUGAUGUAUCUACGCAAGAAGAAGCCCAACCUUGUCAGACCCAUCAAGAUAAGCAUGUUGAUCCCCAUCGCCUACAUGAUCUUCUGGGCCGUGCUGCUGUGCUUCAGUCUCUACUCUGAACCCGUGGUUUGCGGCCUUGGCAUGGUCAUCAUGCUGACGGGCGUCCCCGUGUAUUUUGUGGGCGUGUACUGGAAGAACAAACCCAGGGCGCUCUACAGGCUGGUCGAAAAAGUUACGUACAUUGGCCAGAAGAUAUUUUACGUGGUGUUUCCUCAGGAAGACACUUCAGAGACUGAAUCCCUCACAGCCUCCAAAACUGCUGACUGAGCAGCGCGCUCAACUCAAACCCUGUUACAGCAGCAACUGUACAUUCUCUUACUGUUACGGUUUUUUUUUUCUGUCUGUUUGUAAAUGGUGAAGAAAUGGCAACAAAUGGCACAGAUGCAGCCUAAACUGAGCUCCCUCUGUAAAUGAGCUCAAUCUUUAUAUUUACCACUACUGCCCAUAUAUUCUCCACACAGUUACUGUUCUCUCCCAGUCAGAGUUCUUCGUCAUCUUCAUCAUCGUCAUCAUCUCCUGUUACUUACUCCAGGAGCUUCAACCCCUUCACGCAUUUUACCUUUAUAACAGUUUUGAUUCUGUUACGUUAACUCUACAUUUGGUCCAACGUGCCUUAUGAAGUAUGUGCUUGGAUACAAUAAGAGCAAACAUUAAUGAGUCAAAUAUUUUACAGUACUGCAGUACUUGGACUGUACAGUACUUCAAUAUAACUGCCUUUGACU